AUGAAUGAACAAGUGGUUUUGCCAAAAAGAGAAUUAGGUGUAAUUUCGUUAUUAGCAAUGAUGUAUGUUUCUUGUAUUGGAGGUGCGUAUGGAACUGAACCAAUUAUAUCAAGUAUAGGACCUAUGUGUGGAAUUAUUUUAAUGUAUUUAUUACCAUUUUUUGUACAAUUUCCAAUGUGUUUAUUUACAGCAGAAAUGUCACUUUCAAUUCCAUCUAAUGCAGGGUAUAUUACAUGGUAUUCAAGUGCAUAUGGAAGUUUUGGACAAUUUAUAACACCAUUUGUUACAUGUUUAUCAUUGUUUUCAACGUGUUUAGAUUGUGCCGUAUAUCCAACAUUAUUUGUUAGUUAUGUUUCACAAAAAUUUAUAACACCAAAUGGAUAUCAAUAUUUAAUGAAAAUUUCUAUUAUUUUAUUUGGAUCAUUUAUAAAUUUUAUUGGAGUUAAAUGUGUUGGAGUUGUUUCAAUAAUGAUUAUUGUAAUGGUUAUACUUCCAUUUAUUCUUUUUAUUUUCACUGCAAUACCAUUUAUGAAUUGGAGAAAUUUAUCAACGUACUUACCUUAUAACCAUAUAGACUUCUCUACCUUUUUUAGUGUCAUAUUUUGGAAUUUAAAUGGUGUUGAAAAUGCUGCAAAUGUUAUUGAAGAAGUAAAAAAUCCAACAAGAAAUAUACCACUAUCAUUAUUUUUGUUAGUUGUGUUAACUUCAUUUAGUACUGCAACACCAUUAAUGGCAGGUGUUGGACUAGAUUAUCAAUGGCCAAAUUGGAAAGAAGGUUCAUUUAUUCAUGUAAGUGAAUUAUUACAAGCAGGGGUUUGGGGAAAAAUAGUUUCAUGGCUUUUAUUUAUUGGAGCUUUAUUAACUUCAACUGGUUUAUUAUUAAAUGGAAUGUGUUUUACUGCAAGAAGACUUCAGGGAAUAGCUAAUUUAGGAAUUAAUGAUUUUAUUAAGAAAUUAUUUGGAAGAAAUAAUAAAUAUUUUGGAACACCUGAUACUUCUAUUUUAUUGACUAUGAUAAUUACUAUAGGUUUUGCAUUUACAACUACUUUUAAUCAAUUAGUUGGAGUAUCAAGUGCUUUAAGUGCACUAUUUUUAAUUGGUGAUUUUAUUACAUUCUUUGUAUUAAGAAUUAGAUUUCCUUAUUUAGACCGUCCAUUUAAAGCCGGACCAACAUGGUUAAUGAUUUUGUUAAGUUCUCCUUCAAUAUUAUUUUGUUUAUUUACUGUCUUUUAUGGAAUUACAACUGAUUUAACAACAGUUAUUGUAGCAUUAACAAUGAUUCUUUGUUCAUUUAUAGUAUCAUUCUUUUUUGCUUUGUUUAGUUCAAAACAAAUUGUCCCUCACCAAAAUAUUAUAAAUUAUCUAAAAAAUGGAUAUAAACCAUUACCAAGACAUAAAGAAGUUAUUGUUAUUGAUGAACAUAAUAAUUAA